CCUCCCGCUGCGGCCCGAGGAAGCCAUGGCUCCGUCCGGGCGCCGACAGUACCUGUGGAUAUUCCUGGCCGCAGCGCUGGCGUCCUUCCUGGCUGGAUUUACAGUGGGUUGGCUUAGUAAGCCCCUCAAAGAUACGGCCACUUCAGCAGACAGUCACCAGAAUUUAAGGUGGAAACUGAUAUCUGAGAUGAAAGCUGAUAAUAUAAAAUCAUUUCUUCGUUCAUUUACAAAGCUACCUCAUCUGGCAGGAACAGAACAAAAUUUAUUGCUUGCCAAGAAAAUCCAAAACCAGUGGAAGAAAUUUGGACUGGAUUCAGCCGAGUUGGUGCACUAUGAUGUUCUCCUGUCUUACCCUAAUGAGACAAAUGCCAACUACAUAUCAGUCAUAGAUGAACAAGGAACUGAGAUUUUCAAUACAUCAUACGUUGAGCCACCACCGGAUGGAUAUGAGAAUGUUAAGAAUAUUGUACCACCCUAUAAUGCCUUUUCACCCCCAGGCGUGCCAGAGGGGGAGCUUGUAUAUGUGAACUACGCUCGUACUGAAGACUUUUUCAAACUAGAAAGAGAGAUGAACAUCAACUGCACUGGAAAGAUUGUUAUUGCCAGAUAUGGGAGAAUCUUCAGAGGAAACAAAGUUAAAAAUGCCAUGUUGGCAGGAGCCAAGGGAAUCAUCUUGUACUCAGAUCCCGCUGACUACUCUGCUCCUGGGGUACAGCCAUAUCCCAAAGGGUGGAACCUUCCUGGAACUGCAGCCCAGAGAGGGAAUGUGUUAAAUCUGAAUGGUGCUGGUGACCCCCUCACUCCAGGUUAUCCAGCUAAAGAAUAUACCUUCAGACUUGAUGUUGAAGAUGGAGUGGGAAUUCCCCAAAUCCCUGUACAUCCCAUUGGAUAUAAUGAUGCAGAAAUAUUAUUACGCUAUUUGGGAGGAACUGCUUCACCAGAUGACAGCUGGAAGGGAGGUCUUAACGUGAGUUACAACAUUGGGCCUGGCUUUAUAGGACAUGAUUCUUUCAGGAAGGUUAGAAUGCAUGUUUAUAAUAUCAAUAAAAUCACAAGGAUUUACAAUGUAAUCGGAACUAUCCGAGGAUCUGUGGAACCUGACAGAUAUGUUAUUCUGGGAGGUCAUCGGGACUCCUGGGUAUUUGGAGGCAUUGACCCAACCAGUGGGGCUGCUACUUUGCAAGAAGUUGCCCAGAGUUUUGGGAAACUGCUCAGUAGUGGCUGGAGACCAAGAAGAACUAUCAUUUUUGCCAGCUGGGAUGCAGAAGAAUUUGGACUUCUGGGUUCCACAGAAUGGGCUGAGGAGAAUGUAAAAACACUCCAGGAGCGAAGUGUUGCUUAUAUCAACUCAGAUUCAUCUAUAGAAGGUAAUUACACUCUCAGAGUUGACUGUACACCCCUUCUUCAUCAGUUGGUGUAUAAACUGACAAAAGAGAUCUCCAGCCCUGAUGAUGGUUUUGAGAGUAAAUCUCUUUAUGAAAGCUGGUUAGAAAAGGACCCUUCAUCAGAAAGUAAAACUUUGCCUAGAAUCAGCAAGCUGGGAUCUGGAAGUGAUUUUGAAGCUUAUUUUCAGAGACUUGGGAUUGCUUCAGGAAGAGUCCGUUACACUAAGAAUAAGAAAACAGAUACUUACAGCAGCUAUCCAAUAUACCAUACAAUUUAUGAGACAUUUGAGUUGGUAGAGAAGUUUUAUGACCCCACGUUUAAAAAGCAGCUUGCUGUGGCUCAGUUACGAGGAGCAUUGGUUUAUGAGCUUGCAGACGCUAAAAUCAUUCCUUUCAAUAUUCAAGACUAUGCAAAAACUUUGGAAAACUAUGCAAGGAGCAUCUAUAAUUCAUCCAGGACACAUGAGCAAGCGUGUAGAAGCCAUGGAGUAUCAUUUGAGUCCUUAUUUUCUGCUGUGAAAAACUUCUCAGAAGCCGCUUCAGAUUUCCACAGAAGACUUUCACAAGUUGAUCUGAAUAACCCUAUAGCAGUGAGAAUCAUGAAUGACCAGCUGAUGUUUCUUGAAAGAGCAUUCAUUGAUCCUCUUGGUUUACCAGGGAGGCCGUUCUAUAGGCACAUCAUCUUUGCUCCAAGCAGCCACAACAAAUAUGCUGGUGAAUCAUUUCCUGGCAUCUUUGAUGCUAUGUUUGAUAUUGAAAAUAAAGCAGAUCCUCAUUCAGCCUGGAAAGAAGUGAAGAAACACAUUUCUAUUGCAGCCUUUACAAUCCAAGCAGCGGCAGGGACUCUGAAAGAAUUCUUAUAGUAAAGUCUCAGGUAACUGGCUGCCAUUAAAAGUCUGAGGAUGAAAUCUAUCUUUCUGAUAACACAUGAAGCCAGAGUAUGCUAAAAUUUUGCUUUUCAUGUCAUGUUUUGACUUUAGACUUCCAGCUUGUUCAUCGGUCAAGAGAUUUUUGGCUCUAAAAAUUUAAAACGUUAUCGUCAAAGUGCUAAUCCAAUAAAACAAACCAAAGAACUUCAUCAUUUGUAGUAGAAUGGAGUAAGAAAUGGCAACCCACUCCAGUAUUCCUGCCUGGAAAGUACCAUGGACAGGGAAGCCUGGCUGGCUACAGUCCAAGGACAUGACUGAGCACGGACAUGCAUGCAUAUGGAGAAAGAGAUGAAGUAAAUGAAAAUUCUCCAAAAUACAAUAUGGCAAGGAACUUAAACUCUUCAUACAUUGUUGGCUAGAAUGUAAAACAGUUCAACCACUUCAGAAAACAAUCUGGCACUUUUUUAUAAAGUUAAAUAUAUACUCAUAGCUCAAAUUCUACUUCUAGGUAUUUAGUAAGGAAAAGUAAAAACGUGAUCACCAAGA